AAGGGAGAGAGGGCGUAUGAAAGAGAGCCGAUGAGAAUGGUACAAACCCGAACAGCUUUGUGUGUCACACUCGAAUACAUCGCAUCCACAGCUAUGACCUAGGCGCGGAUCGUCGCUCUCAAGACAAGCGCAACAUCAGAGAGAGCAAUUACGCAUGGUUCUGAUAGAGAAUGAAUGAGAAGCUGUAUCCAACAAUUCCAAAACGCCCGGUUGGUCUCAUUUUUCUACCAUUUAGAGCAACAACUGGAUUACCAUAAGGGAGCGACGAGAACGGAGCACAGUAGCAACAACGUCUUUACAAUUGAGGAAUAAAAGAUUUUGCUCCAAUAAUUGAAUAAUUUACUUUUCAUCAAAACACAAAUAUUUGUAUGUUUUUGGAGGUGUAUUUCCAAGGACACAUACAUUAAAGCACGGAUAGCCGUCAUUAGGUCCACUCGGAUUUGAUCAUAUUGACACUUUAUUAGUUAUCCUGAUGGAAACUGCUUCAAAAGCUCGUCGGCUAUCCAAUGUGUCCACGGCAUCUAACGUGUCCAAUGUGUCCACGUCCAGCGCUGGGACUGAGGUAGGACAGAGCGAUGUGCAGAUUUGGGGGGACAGACCUUUACCUGUCGACUACCUUGGUGACAUCUCGAUCCUGGAUGACGGGAGAUGGUCUAACUCUAGCGUGAAGAAACAUCACCACAAGCACAACCUGAAGCACCGCUACGAACUGCUGGAGACACUGGGGAAAGGGACAUACGGCAAAGUGAAGAAAGCCAUCGAGAGACAAUCCGGCAAAGUGGUGGCCAUUAAGUCCAUCAGGAAGGAGAAGAUCAAGGAUGAUCAGGACAUGGUUCACAUCCGCAGAGAGAUCGAGAUCAUGUCCUCCCUCAAACACCCUCACAUCAUCUCCAUCUACGAAGUGUUUGAGAACAAGGACAAGAUAGUGAUCGUGAUGGAAUACGCCAGUAAGGGAGAGCUGUAUGAUUACAUCAGCGAGCGACGGCGGCUGAGCGAGAGAGAGACACGACACUUCUUCAGGCAGAUUGUUUCCGCCGUGCACCACUGUCACAAGAACGGAGUGGUGCACAGGGAUUUAAAACUGGAAAACGUGCUGCUGGAUGAAAACUGUAAUAUCAAGAUUGCUGACUUUGGUCUGUCCAACCUUUACCACAAAGACGAGCUCCUUCAGACGUUCUGUGGCAGCCCUCUGUACGCCUCACCAGAGAUCGUCAACGGCAGGCCCUACCAUGGUCCAGAGGUAGACAGUUGGGCCCUGGGAGUUCUUCUCUACACCCUGGUCUAUGGGACCAUGCCCUUCGAUGGGGAAGACCACAAUAAACUCAUCCGCCAGAUCACCAACGGAGAGUACAGGGAACCUACACAGUCCUCAGAUGCUCGUGGUCUGAUCCGCUGGAUGUUGAUGGUUAAUCCGGAGCGUCGAGCCACGGUGGAAGACAUCGCCAACCACUGGUGGGUCAAUUGGGGCUGGAAGACCACUGUGUGUGACUGUGACAUCCAGAAGGACAACAGUGGCUGCAUCUCUUCUCCAACGCUAGCACGCUUUAUCGACUGGCAGAACCGCACCACAGAGUCACCCAGGGUGGCGCUGGUCAAGCCUCCCCGCUCGGAACACCCCGCCGUACCCCCCCAUGCUGGCCGCCAGCGCCUGAGGAAGUCCAGGAAGGAGAAUGAUAGCGGAGCGCUCCACCAUCACACCGCGUGGGAAGACAAAGACAAACCAGGACUGAAGAGACCCAAGGGGAUCCUGAAGAUGCAUGUGUCUGAGCAGAGGUCCCACAGCCUGGGGGAGAUCGAGCUGAGUCGCUCCCUGCACUUCCACGAGGGAAGGGAGCUGCUCUCCAGCCCCGAGAGAGAUGAGGAGGAGGACGAUGAUCAGGAUCGCCUGGGGGUCUCGCCGGCCAAGAUGGUGCCCACCCUCCCCAAGAAGGGCAUCCUGAAGAACAACCAGCAGCGGGAGUCUGGCUACUACUCCUCCCCGGAGCGCAGUGAGUCCUCUGAACUGCUAGGGGGCAGCACCUCCAUGGCCCCACCCGCCAGCUCACCAACAAAGAGGUCCAUGGGGAGAAAGGGCAUAUUGAAGCGUAAUGGGAAGUACGGCAACUCCACUUCCUUCCACAGUGGCUUGUCCAAUAUGAGCUUC